AUGGAGCUGCUGAGUAGUGGCAGCCGCAGGUUCGGGGCAGUGCGCGAAAGCAGCAAGGAAGGGGAAGGGCGUUGGAAACUCAGAUUACAAAAUGACAUGAGCAGCACGGGGGUUGCCAAGCUGAAGCCGUAUCAUGUGAGCGAAGUGCUGAGAACACUGUUUGACGCUGACGUCGGUCUGGCGUUGUUCCGGUGGGCCAAGGACGUGCAGGGAGUGAAGCGGGACGAAUUUGUGUACUCUGCCCUCUUUGGACUGCUGGGGCGGGGGAAGGAUGCUGCAGGGCUGGCGAGGGCGGUGGAGGAGAUGAGAGAGGACGGGUGCAGCGAAAAUGCAUUCACGCUGCAGGCACUCGCUGCUGCGUACGCUCGUGCUGGCAGGUUUGAGGAGGCUCUUGCGACGCUGGCGGCUUUGGAGCAUGGGGGAUUUUCGGCUAGUCGUCCGUCUACUGUUGGACCACGCCCCACGGCCACCCCUCUCCCGGCUUUCCUCAGGGCUCGAGUGGACGUGCUAUUCCGCAUGGGCCGGUACCACGAUGUGAUCAAGGCGUUCAAUGCGACGCGGAGGGCAGGAGAAACACCCGACGAGUUCAUUUACAAUGUUGUCAUCGCCUGCCACGGCCGCCUCAACAACAGCGUUGCAGCUGAGGCCGUGUUCAAGGAGAUGAUAUCACGGGGAAUGGUGCCCAGUGUAAGCUCUGUGAAUACUCUCAUGGAAGCGUAUGGCUCGGUUGGCCGGAUUGACGACGCGAUGGCAGUUUUUGACCGCAUGUGCCUGGCUGCUGUUGCUGCUCGGACAAAUCAGGGGGGAGGAGAAGGAGGAUGGCAGAAGGGUGAAGGAAACACAAGGGAAGGGGGUGGGACAGGCAGCUGUGCGCAAGUGCCGACUGCUUCUCCUGAAGUGUCUCGAAAUUCAAGUGCCGUACGUCCUCCUCCGUCCAUUUGGCCGGCCCCGGACAUGAUCACCUACAGGAGUGCGCUGAACCUGCUGGGCAUAGCUGGGCGGCUGUCAGAAGCAGAGGCCACGUUUGAGGCGAUGCUGGUGGCUGGAAUGCACCCAGACGCCAUGGCUUGGUCCACCUUGGUGCUGAUGUGGGCCAGAGAGAGCAACCCCGAGCGCGCCGCCAUGUGGUUCGACCGCAUGCUGCUCUCCGGGUGUCAGCCCAAUGCGGCGGCGUACAAUGCGCUCCUGCUCGCGUUUGUGAGUGCGGAGAUGUUUGACGAAGCAGAGGAGGUGCUCUCUGCGUUCAAAAACGGGUGGGAUGUAGUGGGGCGGGUGGGGAUAACGCCAGGAGGAGAAAAGCACACUAAUCUCAGCAAACACAAGCCAGAAAAAGUCCCAUGUUCCACAGGCGAAACCAUGGGUGGUCAUGGUUACGUCAGGCCAGGCCGGGCUUUGAACCUGGUGCGAGGGAAGGUGCUCAACCUGCCUGUUGGCGAGCGUCCUGACUUGAUGACCUACACCAUGCUGCUGAAUGCUUGCACCACCUGCACUGCUCGCAGCGGUGUGGGCCGGUUGAUGCGGCUGAUGGAAGAGACGGAGCAUCCCGCCCACUCCGUGUUCCAGAUGCUCUUGGAGGGGUUUGAGGCGCCUCAGUCUGUGUGUCGCAUGCUUAUGGAGGAGGCCGUGAGUGAGGGAGUGAGUUUGGAAAGGAGUGAUGGAGGAAGUGAGGGAGGAAAGGGAGAGGGUGGCUGCGGGAUGACGGAGAGGGAUGCUGUUGCAAGAAUGAUGGUGAGGGGUUUGGUGGAACAGGAGGUGAGGGAGGUGUUGGCGGAGUGGGAGGCGGAGCGGUGGCGGGAGGUAGAGAGGAGGAUGAGAGGGGCUGUGUGUACCAAGGCUGAUGUUCACUCCCAGCGUGGCUUUUCUGAGGCUUGCAUCUCUUUCCUGCAUAAAUUUGGGCAACACGAACGGGCAGCUCGCAUGUGGGAUCUCUGCCACACGCGACUACAGCUGUUCACUAACACCGUUCGUCUGCCCGCGAUUUACGGGCGGCAUGGGAAAUGUUUAUUGGACUUACACGGCAUGUCAGGAGGCACUGCAUUGACCGUGACCCGGUGGGCGUUGGAGAAGAUGCGGCAGGCUGUGGUGGCCUCUGCUGCCUCAGGUGCUCCAUCAGGUGCUUUUGAUUCACCACUGGGAAUAUCAAGGGAAACAGUAGCAGGAGGAUCCAAUCUUAUGGCAGGGGCGGUGGAACCAGAAGAGGAAGCAGAGGAGGAUGAAGAGGGAGCUGCAGUUGGUGAGGUCGAGCCACCAGGAUCAGCUGUGGCGCAGGCGCAGAAGCAACCACUAACAGCAGCAGCAACAGCUGGUGGUGCUGCUGCUGGUGGUGGUGCUGCUGCUGGUGGUGGUGCACUAUCCCGGAAUGAAUUACCACCCUUGCAGUGGCGGCGGCCAGGGAAGGUGGAGGUGGUGACGGGGUGGGGCAAGCGCAGCCGGGUGCAGGGGGCGUCACUGGUGAAGGCAGCGGUGGAGGCGCUGCUGCUGAGGGACCUCACAGCGCCCUUCUCCCUCCACCACUCCCAUCCCGGCUCCUAUGAGGCCCUCGGCAUGGACCUUGAGCACUGGUUGCUCAUGCCAGUAGACCGUGCCACAGAUGGUUCUCCUGGCGCAGCAGCAGUACCGGCAGCAGCACCGCCAUCAGCUGCUGCUGCUCCUGCCAGCAUCCACACCAGAUGCUUCACGCAGAGGGCAGAGAGACGGAGGCCCUUGGCAGCAGCAGGCGCAGCUGCUGCUGAACCGGUGACGCCAGAAGCAGCAGGAGCUCCAGAGGUGCGUAUUAGAGAUGGAGGAGAGGUGAGCUGGCAGGAGGAGCCUUGGUCUGAGGAAGAUUGGAAUGGGAUGGCGAACGGGUCAACAGGAGGGAGCAGGCAGGGGAGAAGGGGAGGGGAUGGAAGUGGAGGAGGGAGAGCAGAGGGUGAGAGCGGAGUAGCAGGUGUGGCAGCAGCGAGAGCAGCCGAGAAGGAGAGGAACAGGAGCAUGGUGGCUUUGCUUCGCAACAUGCUGACUUCCCUCCACGAUUCCCCACCCCGUGCGGUUCCUCUUCCUCCUCAUCCUUCGAGUUUUCCUGCUUCCCCUAGUGCCGCGUCCCCUGCUGCUACCUCUUUCGCUCCUGCUGUUCCCUCUGAGCAAGUCACUGCUCCCUUGCAGAAGAGGGUUAGAAGCAGGCCAACGGCCAUGGGUGACAUGGUGGCGCUGCUGCAGCAGCAGUGGAUGGACCAGCAAGCAGGCAGCAGCAUUAACGCCUACAGCAGAAGCACGAAGAGCAAGAACAAGAGCAGGGUGAAAGCAACAGGUUCAGUGAGCAGCAACGGGGAAGAGGAGAUGAAAGCUAGACGUCCAAACAGCAGCCCACAUAGCACACCCUUUCCGUUGGGCCACAACUCUCUGGGUCAGGUGACAGCCUACCAUGUGACGGAGGUGUUUCGAACUCUAUGGGACGCUGACGCCGGUCUCGCCUUGUUCCGGUGGGCCAAGGACGUGCAGGGGAUGAAGCCGGACACGUAUGUGUACUCGAGCCUCUUUGGCCUGCUGGGCAGGGCAAGGGACGCGGCGAAUCUGAAGGGGAUUUUGGAGGAGAUGGAGGAGGACGGGUGCGAGCACAACGCCUUCACUCUGCAGGCGCUGGCUGCUGCGUAUGCCCAUUCUGGGAGGGCUCGAAUCAACGUGCUGUAUAAGAUGGGUCGGUGCCGUGACGUGGUCAGGACAUUCAGAGAGGUGCGGGAUGCGGGCCACACACUGGACAGCAUUAUCUACAACAUGGCAAUCACAUGCUACGGUCGCCUUAACAACACUUACGGGGCUGAGCUGGUGUUCAAGGAGAUGAUUUCCCGCAGAGUGCAGCCUACUGUGCGCUCUGCCAACGUCCUCAUGAACAUGUAUGGCUCAGCUGGCAGGGUUGACGAUGCCAUGGCGGUCUUUGACCGCAUGUGCCUCGCUGCUGUUGCUGCUGGGGCGGGUCAAGGGAGAGACGGAGGAGGAGCAGGAGCAAGUGAAGGAGAACAAACUGUGAGCCUCCUCAGCGAGGCAGGUCGACUCUCCGAGGCAGAGGCCACGUUUGAGGCGAUGCUGGUGGCGGGGAUGCAGCCAGACGCCGUUGCAUGGGCCACCAUGGUGCUCAUGUGGGCUAAAGAGAGCAACCCCCAGCGUGCAGCCUCGUGGUUCAAGCGCAUGCUGCUUGCUGGGUGCCGGCCCAAUGCGUCAGCGUACAAUGCGCUGCUGCUCGCGUUUGUGAGUGCGGGGAUGUUUGAAGAAGCAGAGGAGGUGCUUUCUGCGUUCAAGAAUGGGUGGGACUUGGUGGGGCAUGUGCAGGUGCUAAGAGAGGAUAAUUAUGGUGCAGACGAGUGCACGCUCGCCCCAGCUACAGCUCCAACAAGAAGUCGGGUCAGUGGUUCCAGUCAAGCACUAAACCAGGCAGGAGGCAAGGCGCACAAUGUGCUGGCUGGUGAACCUCUCAACCUGAUGACGUACGUGAUGCUGCUCAAUGUGUGUAUGGUCUCUACAGCUGGCAACACUGUGAGUUGGUUGAUGCGGCUGUUGGAAGCCACAGAGCAUCCCGCCCACGCUGUGCUUCAGCUGCUCAUGGAAAGCCUUGAGCCACCUCGCACAUUGUCCCACCUGUUUGUGGAGGAGGGCUGGAGCGAGGGAGGGAGUGAGGCUGCAUAUGAGGAAGUGAGUGAGAGAGUGAGUGAGGAGAGUAACUGUGGAAAGGACAGGAGGGAUGAUGUUGCGAGGGUAAUAGCGGCUUGUUUACUGGAGAUGGAGGCGAGGGAGGUGGCGAGCCCUGAACUUUCGUGCUCAUUGUCCCACCUCUUUGUGGAAAAGGCUGGGAGUGAGUGGGGAAUUGAGAGAAGUGAGGGACGGAAUAAGGAAAGUAGUUGUGGGAAGGGCAGGGAGGAUGGUGCUGCGAGGGUGAUGGCGGCUUGUUUAGUGGAGGCGGAGGUGAGGGAAGUGGUGAGGGAGUGGGAGGAGGAGCGGUGGCGGGAGGUAGAGAGGAGGAUGAGAGGGGAUGCUAUUGCCAAGACUGAUGCAAAUUGUCAGCGGGCGUUUUCAGAGGCAUGCAUUGCCUUCUUGCAUAAAUUUGGGCAGCACGAGCGGGCAGCCCGCAUGUGGGACCUCUGCCACACGCGACUACAACUGUUCCCUAACUGUGUUCGGCUGCCUGCGAUUUAUGGGCGCCCUGGAAAGUGUGCAUUAGACCUACAUGGCAUGUCAGCAGGCACAGCGGUGACAGUCACCAAGUGGGCGUUGGAGAAGAUGCGGCAGGCUGUGGUGGCCUCUGCUGUCGGUCCUUCAGGUGCUGUUGAUUCAUCGUUGGGAGUAGCAAGGGCAACAGUUACAGGAGCCGAUUCCAUGCUAGCAGCAGCAGAUUUAGCGGAGAAUCUAGAGGAUGAUGAAGAGGGCGUUGCACUGGAAGAUCAGGAACAAUCAUUCGACGACUCACAGCUGCAGUGGUGGCGGCCGGGGAAGGUGGAGGUGGUGACGGGGUGGGGCAAGCGCAGCCGGGUGCAGGGGGCGUCGCUGGUGAAGGCAGCGGUGGAGGCGCUGCUGCUGAGGGACCUCACAGCGCCCUUCUCCCUCCACCGCUUCCACCCCGGCUCCUACGAGGCCUCUGGUGCUGACCUUGAGCACUGGCUGCUCACGCCAGGUGUCGAGCAAUUAUUGGCUUUAAAAAAUGAGGACUGA